AUGGAAAGCAGCGACAGCACCUUACCGAAUGCCCUGAAGCGCAACAAGGCCUUCCAUCCCACCCACGAGCCCUUUGGUCAAGAAGCCGAGCUUCACGUACAAAAAGACAGUGUUUCCGGCCCUGUAUCCUUCCUGAACCCUACAAAUGCACAUUUCCGCCACGCCACACGUCCAGACGUCCGCUUUAAAUGGUCCUCCCGUAACAACCGCAAAGGGCGUCAUGCCCUACUCAUAGACCGCCAUCAAAUUACUAGCAAGACACAAGGCGCAACACCGCGCCCGACCUCAUCCCCACGCAGCAUCGCCCGCGGCCUCUGGCGCAUGCUCACGUACUACCCCGUCUGGGACGUAUCCUUCGACGUUGCAUAUGUCUUCACGCUCGGCAGCGUAAUCUGGGUCACCAACGCCUUCUUCGUGUUUCUCCCUCUCGUCCGCCCCACCACCGAGUUCAGCAACGAGGAGCUCUACGGCGGCGGCGUCACCGCCUUCAUCGGCGCCACCGUCUUCGAAGUCGGCUCCAUCCUGCUCAUGGCCGAAGCCGUGAACGAGAAUCAAUCUGGCUGCUUCGGCUGGGCCGUGUCGCAGGCGCUGUCCCGCGGCGACGACGACGCCGCCGCCGCGCCAACGCCGUCCCAAUCCCACUGCACGCACCACCACCCCAACCGCCACAACCUCGUCGGAAAGGGACGCCGCCCCGUGACAAAGGGAGCGCCGGACACGCACCCUCGCGCCUGGCGAUGGUGGCCAUCGGGACACGACCUCCACUCCCUCGGCUUCCUGGCCUCCCUCGCCCAGCUCUGCGGCGCCUCCAUCUUCUGGAUCGCAGGCCUCACCGCGCUCCCCGGCAUCUACGACCACCUCUCGCGCCCGCUCGCCAUCGCAUUCUACUGGACGCCGCAGGUGCUGGGCGGGCUCGGCUUCGUCGUGUCAGGCACGCUCUUCAUGCUCGAAACGCAACCCACGUGGUGGAAACCCGCGCCGCGGACGCUGGGGUGGUGGAUCGGCGCGUGGAACCUGGUCGGCGGCGUGGGAUUCACUUUGUGUCCUGCGUUCGGGUACGACGAGAGCAGCUGGGCGCAGUAUCAGGCCUGCCUAUCUACGUUUUGGGGCAGUUGGGCGUUCUUGAUCGGGAGCGGGUUGCAGUGGUACGAGAGUCUGGAGAAAUUUCCUGUGGAGGUGGACGGGGAGGGGACCGGGGGCGGUGGGGCGAAGGAGGCAUCUUGA